AUGCCCAAGGCACCAUCAAAGAAGCGCAAUAGCGCUUCCCAGGCAAGCCCUUAUGCUCAGGCUGCUGCAAAAAUCAAGGCCGCAAACAAUGUGUUCCGUAUGAAUACAGACAUUGGCCAGCACGUUUUAAAAAACCCUGGGGUUGCUCAGGCUAUUGUGGACAAGGCAGAUCUAAAGCAAAGUGAUACAGUCCUUGAGAUCGGCCCCGGUACAGGUAAUUUGACUGUCAAAAUACUAGAGAAAGCGAAAAAAGUCAUUGCUGUCGAGUUGGACCCACGGAUGGCUGCGGAAGUUACAAAGCGAGUGCAAGGGAAGCCAGAACAAAAGCGGCUUGAAGUUCUACUAGGCGAUGUGAUCAAAACCGACCUUCCAUAUUUCGAUGUCUGCAUUAGCAACACUCCUUAUCAGAAGGUGAUCAUAACAAUGUGA